AAGGAUGUUGUGCGCAUGCGUGUUGAGCAAUCUACCGGAGCGCCAGAGGUAGGGAAGGCAGCUCUAAUGGCGGAGAAUGUGCGCUCGCCUUUUGACUACCGGGAGCCACCGACCCUGGACAGUGACGGGGAUGGAAGCAAGCCGCCACCGCCGCGGGGAUGCUUUUGGGGCAGUGGUGGCUUGGUGGUUAAGGAAGCGGAUUUGGGUCCAGUCAGUUUCAGUCGUGGGUGUGGAAGAAAAAGGAAGGGGACACCUGUGAAGGUGUGUGAUCGAGCAUAUGUAACCGAAGAUGAAGAGGAGGAGAGCAUGUCGGAACACAGCUACAGUCCUGGUGAUGGUCAGUACCCAGAGGGUGCAGAGGACCGCCUCCCUCCACCUGGCAGUCCAUACUACCUGCCUGAUCCCACCCAGCUCUGUGUGCCUGAGUUGGGUGAGGAAGGAGCGAGUGGUGUUCGAGGGCCUGUGCUUUUUCAUCCACCACCUAACUGCAGGAUUCGGGAAGUGCACUGUGGCACACAGGUGCGGUUGGUAGUCAUAGCGAUCCGUGACAUCGCCAAAGGAGAGGAGAUCACGGUAGAUUACAGUCUGACCGACUGGGGCGAGAAUGCACUGGAGGAUGAGACUGGCCCACACCCGCUGUCUCUCUCUGUUUCCGAUUACCUCACCCCCUCCUGGUCCUUGUCGCCCUCAUCCUCCCCACUGACCCACUCCGAACCUAGUGACUCUGACCGAGAGGAGUACGAAGAAGAGGAGGAUGAUGACGAGGAUGAUGAUGAAGAAGAGGAAAUUGAGGAGAUACGGGGCCGGAUGCUGCGUCGACGCAAGAAACGCAAGCUGCCACCUCCUGUUAACUCAAAGAAAAAGGUGCCGCCCGCCUCCUCCAGAGGACCCGGGCGCCCAUGCUCCUCCUUUUCCCGCCCAACACCUGUUUCACCCCAAGUCAGGUCCCCGUCUGCAGUCAGUCCCCUGGCACCUCCAACCACCAACAUCAACAAUAACAUUAACAUCAACAUUGGCAGCUCCAGCAGUGCCACCGUUAGCCGGCGACAACACUGCCCAUACUGCGGUCGCCACUACCGUUCUCUGGCACGUCACCUGGAGAAACACCACGCCAAUCAGCCUGAAGUCAGGACAGCCAUGGAGCUUGCACAUCUUCACACCCAUAGCUCAUCAAAUGGCAGCGCCUCAAACUCCAACCCCUCAUCGUCCUCCACUUCUGCUACUCAUAGUCAUUCCUUCGCCGUCCCUCAGCCUUCUGCCUCAAACCCCACACCGCCCCCCCUCUUCUCUCGAGAGAGGGAGUCCCCAGCCACUCGUUCAAGCACAGGUGCUGUCUCUUUCUCCCUGUCUCUUUCACCACCUUCUUCUGCUCAAGCCGCAAAUUUGAAGAAAGGACCAAGCUUAUCAAUUCCUGCUACAAAACGUCCAACCCCCCCUGCAUUAACCAGGGUCAAAAGUCCAUCACCGCCACCACCCGCUCCGACUCCUAAGCGGGGUCGGAGAAUGAAAAAAGAGAAGCAAGAAGAGCAACAGAAGGUAGAGGAGGAGAUUCCAAAAAAUCAGGAGGAGCUGGUUCCACCUCCAACUCCAGAGCCAGACAUAGAUCCAGAGGAAGACCUGGAGCUCAGUGGAGGAGAAGAGGAGCCACCGGAGGAAAAAAAUGGAGAGGUCAUAAGCACAAACAGACAUCACACAUCUCCACUCCUGUCGUCUCUCUCCUGUCUUGUCCUCUACCUCCGUCAUCAGCAGCACUCAUCUUUCCUCUCCUUAACUCGCUCUCCACACUCAGCUGAGGCCUGGCGCCUCCUCUGCCAUUCAAGCCUCUCGCUGCUUAUUCUCUACAAUCGCCACCGUGAAUGUGAGGUAGCCAAAUUGACCCUCCAGGAAUAUCGCAACCGUACCAAGCCACAGACUAGCCCCACUUCCAGCUCACCCUCAGGCAUGGAAGCCCUUCUCUCCCCCUUUGAGCAUCAGGUCCUUUGUCAUCUCUCGCGUGCUGGUGUUAUAGGCAAGCGUAAUCGCGUUCAGCCUCUUAUUCUCCCUCCACACUGUGAGUCCUGCUUAGACCUGCUUAUUCAAACCAGCCCAAAUGUAGGCGUAGACCCAGAGAGCCCCUUCGUCUUUUCCAGACCCUACCAUUCUCCGGCGACCCCUCUUCGAGGUACCGACCUCCUAAGAAACCUAGCUCGGGUCAGCGGGGCCAAAAACCCCGGAGCACUGACGGCAACACGAGCGCGGCGGCAGGUAGCUAUUCUUACUCAGCUGCUGCUGUUGGACGAAGGAGAUGGACAGAGUGGAGCAAUAAAACGUUUGGAGAACUUUUUGGAGCAAGAAUACCAUGUGACCCAAAACUGCUCCAGCAUCAUACGUGAUCCUGCACUAAUGGGACGUGUGGGCCGCGUGGUCCUUUAUGGAGAAAGAGAAGGUGUUCUCUUCAGAGGUAUGAGCCUGCAGGACAUCUGCCUCGAAUUGGACGUGAUGUCAGGGAACUCAGCUGACUCCUUUUCGGAAGAGUCUGAGCCAGAAGAAGAAAAGGAGGAAGUCAAAGAGAAGCCUGAGGUGGUGGUGAAGAAGAAAGGACCAGGUCGACCGCCACGGAAGAAGAAAGCACCCAAUCCAUCUCCAGUCACGCCGUCAGUGCCAAAUGCCCAUAAGAGGCGUUGCGUGCCACCUAAAUCAGGGAAGCGUGGUGUGUUGAAACGACCCUGGUCGGAGGCGGAGCGUGUAGCUGUAGAGACUCACCUGAAGAGAAACCUCAUGGAACUGCGGGUCCCUGCAAAAGCAGACUGUGAGCGUUGUCUGGAACUCUGCCCUCUGCUGGUGAGCAACCAGCGAGACUGGAGGGCGAUCAAGUUUUAUGUUCACAACCGCAUCCAGCUGCUAAAAAAGCAAGGGCGACGGGAAAGUGCUGCUGCUGUUUGUUAAA